UCGCUAUACGUCGCGUCUAAGUAUAAUAUAAAUAUAUGCUUCACGUAUUUUAUGAAUUGGUGUGCCGCGAAAAUUUUGUAGGAGAAAAAGUGUGCUAUGUUGUUAAAAAGGUUGAAAACCACUGGUCUACAUCACCAAAUUAAAGGUCAAUUUAUAUGUUGUGAACACUUGCAAAUGCGUCAUAUUUUAUGAAUACAUAUUUCUAAUAUUAUACAUAAAGUGGAUUGCCUACAUGAUAAAUGAACAAAUAUCGGAAAGAAGAACAUGUUUAAGCACAUUCAGAGACAUGUAUUUGGAAGUUAUGGAAUGCUUAAAUGAAUUAAACACAUCAAUAUUUGGUUUUCCUGUUAUAAUUGCUUGUAUAGCAUCAAAUGUCGCUGAAAUCAUCAAUGCGGUAUACAGAAAUAUAUUAUUUGCUAGAGACUAUGAGCAAGGUCCUCAACCGGCAUUUGCUUUUAUACGGAUUUUAAUAAAAACAAUCAAUAUUCUUACAUUAUACAUAAUUGGGCACUCAACGGAAAAAGAGAUAAAUCGAAUGAGUCUUGUCUUAUAUCAACGAUCCUUAACAGAAACAAAUCAGAGAAUUAAACGCCAGAUCAAGUUUUUCUUACUGCGAAGAUUGCAUGAACACUACAAAUUUAAACUUUACGGAAUAUGUCAUAUUAAUCUGAGGCAACUACUUAUUUUAACGAACAAAGCAAUUGGUUAUUUAUUAAUCCAAAUUCUGUUCCAAUUGAAUAAAUAA